AUGUCGCUCGAAGCUACGAUGAUCAUCGUCGACAACAGCGAAAGCAGCAGAAAUGGCGACUAUACCUCCACACGAUGGCAAGCCCAGAUUGACGCCGUCAGCGUCGUCCACACAGCAAAGAUGCGCGUACACCCUCAGUCGGCCGUCGGACUGAUGAGUAUGGGGGGAAAGGGUCCCGAGGUGCUCUCUACAUUCACUACUGAUUUCGGUGGCAUUUUGGCCGGACUACAUCGCACAAAGAUCCACGGGACCGCCCACUUCUGCUCGAGUAUACAAGUUGCCGGUCUGGCCCUCAAACACCGCUCUGAGAAAUCGCAGCGUCAACGCAUCGUCGUAUUCUCCUGCUCCCCCAUCGAAGAAGACGAAAAGACCCUCGUGAAGCUCGCAAAGAAAAUGAAGAAGAACAACGUUUCCAUAGACGUAAUCGCUUUCGGCGAUCUCGAAUCCGACCAGACUAAGAAGCUGGAAGCCUUCAUCGAAAACGUCAGGGGUGGCGACGGCUCCAACCUCGCCAUCAUCCCACCCGGUCCGAACCUACUCAGCGAAGAGCUCCAGGCCACAGCUAUCCUCGGUGCCGAAGCUGGUGAUGGUUCAGGUGGAAUGGGUGCUGAGGGCGGUGACGCCGGCGGCUUUGACUUGGAUGCUGCUGCUGAGAACGACCCCGAGCUGGCCUUUGCUCUCCGACUUUCGCUGGAGGAGGAAAAGAACCGACAGGAGAAGGAGAAGCGGGAUCGCGAAGAGCAGGAGCAGAAGGCGAAUCUAGAAGGCAUUCCUGAGGAGGGGCAAUCGUCUGGGAAGAAAGAUAAUGACGAUACAGACAAGAUGGAUACUGCGUAG